CUCUUGUUCACGACGAUGGAUUCUUUUCACACAUCAUCUUCGGAGGAGAGUGGAAGCUCCGUGAGCAGCACCCAGAACUUACAUAUAGCAGAGCUGACCUUCAAGGGUGGUACACCUCUUACCCCACCUUCUCCAAUAACUCAUGACACUUCUCGCUCAAGCUACCACAUCUCGGACAUCUCAGCUUUCGCCGAGAGUCUACAAGACGCAGCCAACCAAGCCUUUCCUAAUCAAGGACGCUCCCGAUAUCACACCGUAAACGUCUGCUUAAUCCGAUGGAAAGAAGACGAACUGCAAGUUGAACACGAAAUAAACCAUCUCCACCAUGUGUUCGAUAAAUUGUACGGCUUCAACACAGAAAUUUGGCUCAUCCCGUCUGUGGCUUCUCAGAUCCAGCUCACGCGCAAGACCUGUGACUUUCUCCAGAAAUUCGACGCUGAAGGAAAUCUUUUCAUUGUCAUGUAUGGAGGUCAUGGCGUGAUCAACGCUGCUAGACAGAACCAAUGGUGGUGCAGGGAUGGGCCAAAUUCCCCUUUCGUGGAUUGGACUUCAAUCCAGACUCUUUUCAGCACAGCAGCAUCUGAUGUCCUAGUUUUACUCGAUUGCUGCGCUGCAGCAAGUUCGGCUUCCGGGUUUGGGUCUAAUACCAUGGAGACUAUCGCUGCUUGUGGAUUUGAGACAACAGCUCCCUCGCCCGGAGAGCGUUCAUUUACUUAUACCCUGAUCGAAGUGCUCGAGGAGUGGGCUGACAAGCCAUCGUUCUCCGCCGCAAUGUUACAUACCGAGAUUCUCUUCAUCUUGAAGCAGAAACCGCCGGAACGAGGAAUGGAUGGGAGACGGUGGGAGACAUGUUCUAGUCCUAUCCAUUGGGUGUGUACUGGAGACCCCAAAGCACCUGGGAUUGAAAUCGCCUCUUUGAGAAAGUCCAAUACCGUUGGGAAAAUGGCUGAGCUUCAACCGAAAUCGACCACCUAUGUUGAUGCGAUGGAACUUGAUGACGACAGCUCGGACCAGAAUCCAUUGACAGCGAUCCGUCCCAAUGGCGAUUAUAACAUUCCCCAUGUGCUGAUAUCCAUUGCAUUGGAAGAAGACCAAGAGACUCUCGAUGCCCUGUCAUGCCGUCGGUGGCUCUUAAACUUUCCGGCCCUCGUCAAGUAUGCUACUGUUGAAGGUGUAUAUAGAAGUUACUCGACCCUGAUAACGUUGUCUUUGCCCGUCAUGAUUUGGGACCUCCUUCCAGAUCAUCCCGCGUGCUCUUUCAUUGGAUAUAUCAUCUCGCCUAACAAGAAUAAGCAGUCUUUGAGUGUUGAGACAGAGUCAUUGCUCCUUCGACAAGCCAAACCCACUUCCCAACAACGGCGAGUCGCUCGUCCUAGCAAGCUCAGGAGUUGUGACAGCUCUUAUGGUUCUGAAGGAUCGGAUUCGGAGAGAGUUCUACUACGUGCUGGUACACUUGAAAGCUGGGAAAUACCGUCUUCGGAUGCAGAUGAUGACGAUUCUGAAUGGGAAGAGACUUCCAGUAACCUCGAUGUCGAGAAGGCUACCCAGGAAGGCUCCACCAGGCCUGUUGAUAUUCGAAUCAAAGGUCUGUCUAAAUGGCAGCGAUACCGCUCACCCGACCAAAUUACCCUCUCUCUGAAAUCUUUGAUCACCAGCGGAGUCUCGGAGUCUCUCUGUCCAGAGGAAGAAGCAGAAUCGGUGCAGCGGCCGAUAUCUCGCUCAGUUGAAGAGAGGAAAGGAGAUAUCGUGCAAAGGAAGCGCUCUAAGUCGAUCUGACUUCUCUGCCCUGAGACUCUUUGUUUUGUUUGUUUGGGUCUCUUGUAUAUCGGUUGGGUUCUGGUCUAUUGGGUAUCCAAGGAGCAUGUCAAGUGCACUACGGCGUGAGCUGGUCUUGACAAUGAGUUUAGACAUAGACCUCGGAAGAAUGAUAGUCCAGUAUAAACUAACGAUAACAAUCUCGGUGAAAAUUUCACCUGAAUACCCGA